AUGAACAAGAAGCCGAAAGCCAUAUGCGUGGUAGUCACGAUUAAAGAUAUAAUGGUUGCCCGACGGGCUAUGUCACAAGCGAUAUCACAUGGUUUAAACCCCAGUACGUUUGGAGUACCUAAGGAAAUUUCCUUGAAGAUUAAAUGGGAGAAAGCUUUAGGGGUUACAUUAAAAGACAAAUCUAGGAUAUGUCAAUACCAUUUUAAAAAUGAAGACAUAUUACACACAUGGGUAUCUGGUCUCAAAAUCACAUUAAAAUCAACAAUAGAUUUGGUUAAUUAUUUGUUAGAUGAAAAACAAUUUGCAUAUGAUUUGACAGCUAAGUUCAAUCAAGAUUGUUUGGAACAAUUUUUUGGGAUAAUACGGCAAGUGUCAGGUCCGAAUGAUCAUCCUUCUUGUCCUACAUUUUUGCAAUUGUACAGGAUGCUUUCAGUUCAUUCUUUGAUUAAACCCCCUAGAAGUGGCAAUUGUAAAAUAUUUGAAGAUAAUAUUCCAGUUAUAACUAUUGGAGAUUUAAAGGACAUAAUCAAAGAAACUGCUAAUUCUACAGUUAGAAUUGAAAAAUUAAAAGAAAAAAUUAAUAAUAUUGUUGAUGAAGAAUGUCGGGAUGUAGAUGACAUAUUCUUAGAGCAUAAUUAUUCAGAUUCUACAGUUUUUGAUUGUAUAGUAUAUUAUUUAGCUGGGUAA